UCCAGUGCAGUGGAUACAACCUAGAGCUGAUUGAUUCAACAUGAGCUUGACAUCAUUUGCCGUCUCGCUGCUGCUGCUAACUACAGCCUGUGCUCAGAGCAAUAACAAUAUCGCUGGAAACUAUGAGGCUGAGAUGGACGAGUUUAUGGGCUUGUUGUCCGACCCAGACGAGGUGGACUUUGAGAGCCGGGGCAACUUUGACGUGGAAGAGCCCGAUGACUUGCUGACCACAUUGGAGGCGGACGAGUAUGAGGGCGCCGAGCAUUGUGUGUGGAAUAAGUGCGACAACGACCUGAGCGAGCCACGUGGCAUUGGCAGCUUCCUGGACUUGUCGUUCCUCAAGAAAAUCGCCGUCAAUCUGAAUCCCUUCGGCACGCCUCGGCAUCGCAUGCAGUUCUACUUGUUCAAGCGCGAGUUUCCCGAGUGCGGGCGCGAGCUGGACUUCGGCAAUGAGCGGAAGUGGCGGCACGCCGGCUUCAAUAGCUCGCUGCCCACACGGCUCAUCGUGCACGGCUGGAUGAGCCAGUCGCGCGGCUCCUUCAAUCGGGACGUGAAGAAUGCCUACCUGAAGCACGGCGACUAUAAUGUGAUUGUGACGGAUUGGAGCGCCAGCUCGGCCAACAUCAACUACUUCUCGGUGGUGAAGCUAAUCGAGGAGAUGGGCGCCCAGCUGGUCCAGUUCACGCGCGAGCUGCAUCGCCAGCUUCAUGCACGCUACGACGACAUCUACCUGAUCGGUCACUCUCUGGGUGCACAGAUAGCCGGCGCAGCGGGCAAAUACCUCAAGCCGGAGCAGUACAACACGAUCUUCGCCCUGGACCCGGCCGGACCCAAGUUCCGUCAUCGCAGUGCCCAGUUCCGCAUCGAUGCUAGCGAUGCCAAGUAUGUGGAGUCCAUACACACCAGCGGCAACUUUGGCUUCCUCAAGCCCACGGGCAGCGCCACCUUCUAUCCGAACUAUGGACUCUAUCAGCGCAAUUGCUUCUAUCUGGGCUGCUCCCACAUACGCGCCUACCAGAUGUUCGCCGAGUCCAUCAACUCGCCCAGCGGCUUCUGGGGCACGCCCUGCAAGCGCGAGGGUCGCAAAUGGCAGUGUGACCAGCGCCAGCGGCAAACCCAGCGCAUGGGCGGCGAGCCCUCUGUGCCCAAGAGGGGAAUCUUCUACGUGAAGACCUCGUCUGGCGAACCCUUCGCUCUGGGCAGAUAAAGCCAUGGAGUUGAAUCCAACGAAAUGUCACAUUUAAU